AUGGAGGGCAAAACACUUUUGAAUAAAACUGGCAAGAAAAGUAUAUCAAGCUUGGUUCGUGAACUGAAUGUGACCGCAGCAGAAGUAAGGCGACAAGCAGAGCUAAUAAGGGAGCUUAAGGAUCAGGCAAAUACGAUGGGACACUGUCCCAUGGAUAUGAAUGAAUCGUUGCAGGUCCGCAGUCGGAAGAAAACUGAAGACAAGCUCAAGAAUGGAGCAAUUACGAUGACGGCAAUUCCCGCCAGGGCUAUUACCCUGGAAAGCAAAGACGCCUUUGAGAAGCGCAUCCAAUCGUUCGAGCAUCGUAAAACGAUGGCGAUGAACCCCGGUAAGGAUGUAAGAAAGGAUUCGUCGGAACGAGGAGGGAAGAACAUAAGAAAAGUUCGAAAGCAGGAUAAGGACAGCUUGAAGAGAUGUUUUGUAUGCAAAGGUCUUAGUUAUAUCGCCGAGGUGUGCCCUUCAGCAUCAAUACAUAAGGUUAUCGCGGAACGCGAGGGCAGUGAAAUGAAGCAAGCAGAUGAGGUUGUGGGGGAAAUAUUUAAGUUGGACGAGGAUAACACUCCUGAUCUAGACACUAAUGCGCUGGGAAAAAAGACUUUGGCAACAGUGCAAGUUGAGAAGGUGCCGGUCACAGCGCUUAUUGAUACUGGGGCAGUGGUAUCGGUGGUAUCUCUAAACACAUUGAUACGCUUGGGAGAAAGUGAUCCGACCGUAUGGUAUAAGUACAUGCGAGGCAGUAACGAGAAUAUCAGAGACGCGUCCGGCAACUCUAUCGGAAUACUGAGGAAGAUAUGCUUAUUGGUGAGCUGGGCUGGAGAGGAACGACAGGUUACCGUUUUCAUUCAGGUUCCGGUAAAAUGUGAGGAGGAGCUGGUGCUAGGGACAAACGCACUAGCUGCUUCAGAUCGGUGGCGUAAGGAGAUGUUGAAAGUAUUGGAAGAUAACAGGGAGGAGUCACUGGCAACAGUAUGCUUGAAACAAGUGCUGAUUCCACCGCGAUGUUCAAAACGGAUUGAAGGCAAAGUGAACGAGGAUAAUUUGAGCUGGGGUCUUUUAUCACCGAAACAAGAAGGAGUGCAGGAAGGGCUCGUAAAGGUGGAUAAGCAGAAAAUUUGGGUGGAGCUGAGGAACAACAACGACUUUAGUCGAAUUGCACAGAAGAGGAGCUAG